AAAAGAAUAACGUUCAUCCAGACUGGAUUCAGUUCAGGCGUUGUUGAUGGGUUAAGUUUACAAGUAGAGCCCCUUUAAUUUUUGUGUGUGUUUUUUUUAUUUUUUUUUUUAUUUAUUUAAAAUAUUUAUGUACUCGAUUGACUCGAGAUUAUCGUGAAUUAUUUAUCAGUAUUGUUACUGUUGUUUUAUUAUUUUUUUUCGUUAAUUAAAAUUAUUAUUCAUAAUGGAUGAUACAUCAAUGGUCGAACCGUCCACAGCUGACAAUGUACUUCAGCUUCUUGACUUCGAGAGUAAAUCCAUUAUUCCCCAGUUGUUUCAAAAUUGGAUUGAAAUUGGUUAUGAUAAAAAAACAAUUGCAAAAUUUGGCUCUGAAGUUGUUGCACAUCACAAGAAUUUAUUGGAAGAAAUGCUAGUUGAAACACAAUCAAGAAGAACACGUUUAUUUCAAGAUAUUGAAGCAUUAGUUGAAAAAAUAUCAGUAUUAUCAAAAGAAUUGAAAAAAGAAGUUAAUCUUGAUUAUAAAAAUGAGCCACUUGUUGAGGUUGAAUCAAAACUACGUGCUGAAUUAAAAAAUCUUCAAACAAUUAAAGAAGAACGUCUUACAAAAUACAAAUCAUUAUUGGAAAAAGAACAUGAAAUAUGUCAAAUACUUGGUACAGAAGCUGUUGGUAUUGAUACAUCUUUACCAUCAGAAAAAGAAAUUAAAAAUUUCCAUGCUCGUUUAACAGAACAAGAAAAAGAAAUUAUAAAAUUGAAACAAACAUUUCAACGAAUACAAGCUGAAAUACUUGAGAUGAUUGGUGAAUUAUCAUAUGAGCCAAGUGAUGAUUUUGAAAAAAUUAUUUGCAAUGAUUAUGAUAGUUUUAUUUAUUCUGUUGAUAAUAUGACUAAACUACGUGAAUUUCGUGAUAGACUACAAGGUGAAAUUGAAGCAUUGAAAGAACUUGCUGAUAAAAAACGUCAAGAACUUAUGAAGCUGUGGGAUUAUCUUAAUGUAACACAGGAUGAAUGCAAUAAAUUUUUAAAUGAAUAUCCAGGCUUUGAUACAGCAACAAUAACAGCAUUGAAUAAAGAAAUUAAACACUGCAAAGACAUUCGUAAAGCAAAUAUGGAAAAAUAUGUUGAAAAAAUACGUCAAGAAAUAGUCAAAUGGUGGGAUAAAUGUCGAAUUGGCCAAGUUGAACGUGAUGAUUUUAGACCAUUUAAUUAUGAAACUUGUAAUGAGGACACACUUGCGAUUCAUGAGAUAGAAGUUGAAAAAUUACGUAGAUAUUAUGAGGAGAAUGAACAAAUAUUUGAAAUGUUAAAUCAAGAGAGUGAAAUGUGGAGCAAGUUGAAGGAGUUGAUGCUGAGAGAAGAUGAUCCAAACAGAUUUAACAACAGAGGUGGACAACUGCUGGAAGAAGAGAAGCAAAGAAAAAUGAUAAACAAGGCACUUCCAAAAAUAAGUGAACAGUUGAUACAAUUGUUGAGUCAAUAUGAGCAAGAAAAUGGCAAACAAUUCCUCAUUGAUGGUGUAUCAUACGAAGAAUAUCGUGCCAGUCAAAUACAACAAUUCAAUGAAGAAAAAGAAAAUAUUAAAGUUGCCCGAGCACGUGCUAAAGAUGAAAAAAAAUCAGCUAAAAAAACACCAUUAAGUGCAUCAAGACGUAAUCUUACACAUAUGACAACAUUGAGAAAUGCUAGAACAUCUGUUAAAAGAAAAAUUGAUGUAUCACCAGUUUUGUGUACCAGUAAAAAAAGAAUGAUUAACAGUGAAAAAGCACGUACACUAGUUGCAAGAGCAAGAAGAAGUGGACAACAUCAUGUGUCAAGAAAAUUAUUGAGUAGUUCAUUUAAUAGUAGUAAAAAUUCAGCAAGAAAAAAAACACCUAAAAAACCAACAAUGAAAAAUAAUAAACCAGAAGAUUUAACACCAUAUGAAGAAUUUCAAAAUGGUCUUGCAAAUAGAGAUGAACUUAGAAGUACACUAGUUUCUGAUGAAUUGACGAAACCAAAAUCAUUGAGAAAUGCUCCAACACCAGUUAAAACACCAGCAAAACCAUUGAGAAAACGUCCUGGUUUAUUAUCAGUACCUGGUACACCAAGAUCAUUGGCAUCAAAAAGUCCAGUUAUAAGCAGUACACCACGUCUUACUGCACUUCGUGGUGAAUAUAAAUUUUAAACUACAAUUAUUUUUAUUUUAAAUAAUCAUCAUUAUCAUUAUUAUUAAUAUUACUAAAUACCCAUGACGUAUUUCUUUUUUUUUCUACACUAAUCAUAAUUUUUUAAUCUUUUUAAAAUUAUAUUUUAUUAUUUUCAAUAUAAAUGAAAUAGUAUUACAAUAAAUUUAAGUUAAUCAAGGUUUUUGGUAUAUUUAAAUUCUUUUUUUAUUUGUACAACAAAUGUAAAUAUAUUUGUAUUAAAAAAAAAAGAAUAAUAAACAAAAAAAAAACAAAAUGAAUUAAUUUAUUUCAAUUAUUGUUUCAAUGUAUUUUAGCAGCAAGAAUAGUGAGUGAGAUACAGGUGUUGUGGGUUUUUCAGGUAGACAAAGCAAAUGGUUAUUUAAUAGUAGGUGUGGCUUGUAACUCCUCCCACCUGUCAGCAUUCUCGAAAAUUAUCAGGUCACAGGUGUGAACAUCAACCCUGAAUAAUAUUGUUUUUUAUUUAUUUAUUUUAAUUAAUUUUUUAUUUAAAAUAUUGUUGUUGAUAAUUCAUAUUUUUUUUUCAAUUUCAGUAUACUUUUUUUUGAUAUAUUUGAAAGUAAAUAAUUAUUUUUUAAAUUAACAAAAAUGGAUAAAC